AUGGAUUUGAAGCAAGCGCUUAGCAGAGAGAACAUUAAUGAUAUGGAAUCCUUGAUGAAUAAGGAUGCACUUUUGCAAGCAAAGAUCAACCCUCCGAACGCGACAACGCGAGGAGGAACUCUCCUACGUCUUUAUGGGCGCAAUCUGGGCCAGACAAUUGGCGAUAUUAUCGAAUGCUAUUUUGAGGGGGAGAGCACAUGGCCGGAGUCAAAUCAGUCCGUGAGGGAGAUUUAUGGGCAAAAUAUAGAAGGAAAUCAAGGGCAACGGAAAGUAGAAGGUCGAAAGGAAGAGGACCAGAUUGAAAGCCUGACAGGAAGAAAUGCUGUAAAUGACUGGGAGAGCAUAGGGCCGAAUCAAGGCCAGACAAAUAAGCAAAACGGUCCAGAAGAAACAGGCUCUCACAAAGUGACUGGCUAUUCUUCAUACUUUGGUGUACCUCAUCAGUUAGUUCACAGGCCGGAGAAACCCCUUCGUGUGCGUCUCAACUGCAGUCUGGAGAUGGCCUUUUUCUUGCCUUUCAAGGGAUUCCACUGUCGACUGGCUUUUCGCCACUUCAUAAAUGAGGUGGACUGGCCAGUCCUGGGACGCUUCCAUCUCGUGCUCGGAGGCCGACCACAUCGGGUCAGUUCUGCGCCUUUCAGUCUGCUUCCGCAAAGGUUUGAUUCGGUUUUUCCUCACGUGGGCCCCCGAGCUGGAGGCACUCUACUCAGCCUGAUGGGUAAAAACCUAAAUGCUGGCAAUCAGGCCGAAGUGUUUAUAGUGCUGGCAUAUUGGUCUCAUUCUCUUCACACAUCUGAUCAACAACUGACCUUAAAAGCAGCUCUGCACAUGGAAGGAGACCAGGAAGCGAAGUGGACCGGAAACGAAGUGAAGCCUCGAAUCUCGGCUACAUUUAUCCCAUGCUAUCUAGUCAGAUCUACAGGCAUGCCGGUCUAA